UUUCAAUUCAACUAAAAUAUGUGCCGAGCCGGCUUUCUUAAUAAAGACAAUGUAAAAUGAAGAAACAAUAUAGAUCGGAAUAAUCAGGAAGAUGUCUUUCACUGUGUUGUGCACUUGUACAAUAGCCUUCUAUACAAUUCUAUGGUUUUUUGAUUCGUUCUUCAGGAGUUGUAUGGUCUACCCGUACUUCGCUUUCCUAGAGGGAACAGGACUGAAAAUAGGGAUCCUAAAUUUUUCAUGGACCACGACAGCUUUCAACAGAUUCAUUUAUCGUUGGAGCAAAAACUUAAAACGUGUGUUACGAAGAUGGUUCGUAGCUGGAUAUAUUGUGACAAUUUAUAUGUUCCUGCCUUUUGCUUUGUGGACAUUAUUCACAGUCAUAUUUGAAUAUUUCCACCAGAAUAACGGUCAAAAUAAUGCGCCGGUUGAGGUUAAGGCAGUUAUGCCCGGCAUCAAUGUCCCGGCGUCAGAUUUUUUUGUGUACUUCAUAUCUAUAGCAUUUUGCAGUUUAAUACACGAGCUCGGUCAUGCAUUGGCAGCUGCUGAUGAAGAUGUACAAGUAUUGUCAGUAGGCUACUUUGUAUGCACUAUAAUCCCUGUAGCUUUUGUCCAACUGAACACAGAUCAUUUGAAUAGCCUAGAUAUAGGUAGAAGAUUGAAAGUAUAUUGCGCAGGGGUAUGGCACAAUGUGGCUACAUCUCUAAUUGCAAUAUUGCUAUUUAUCUCAACACCAAUCUUAUUUGGCCUAGCUUAUGAUAUUGAUCAGGGUGUUAGAAUUGUAGAUUUCACUGAGGACUCCCCUUUGAAAGACGUGAGGGGGUUUGAUAAAGGUGACGUGAUAACUUCUAUAAAUCAAUGUGAAGUUAAAAAUGGUGGUGAUUGGCAACAUUGUCUACAUUUGGCUCAUGAACGUUAUGGCAUAUGUAUUACUCCGGAAUAUGUAUCACAGAAUGAUGAACUCGCUAUGGAGACUAUAAAAGACAAUGAUGUAGUAGAAUGCUGCAGAAAGGAUGACAUCUAUAGCUUUUGCUUUGAAUAUAUAGAGCCUUCUACAGCUGUUGACUCAGUGUUGCCAGGUCAAUAUUCUUGUUUGAAGCCCAGGGAUAUGGUUAUGUAUGGAUAUGAGAAAUGUCAGUCUUCAGAAAGCUGGACUUGUGGGGCAGGAAAACACUGCCUUAAACCUUGCUUAAAUAAUCACACCUACCUUAUAAUAAUAGAAAGAAAAGACAAUAACCCUGUCUUAUAUUUAGGACUGCCAGUUGAUUUGCACAAAACCAUUAUUGUUGAUCAGUAUUUUCCUAAAUCCAGUCUUUUUGAAUUCUUUUCACCGUCACAGUUUGAGAAGCUAAUGAAGUACAUUUUUAUUUUCUCUAUGGGCAUAGGGUUUUUGAACAUAAUUCCGUGCUAUGGGACUGAUGGUCAUCAUAUUGCUAGGAAUAUAAUUCAAUUUAUAGCAACAUACAUGAAAAGAGGCAGCGAAUUUGUACAAUUAGCAACCAUGUUAACUGUAUUUGUGGGUACAGCUAUUACAGUGCCUAUGUUAAUGUUGUUGUUUUAUAAAGCCAUAUAUGAAUCUGAUUAGAAAACAGAGGUAUAAAAGUGUAUAAUGGAGCUUUUAUAAGAAAUUAAAUUUAUAAUUAUGCAACAGAAAGUCUGAAUUUGCCUGGAAGUGUUUUAAAUUUAUUAGCUUUAUGCGCACAAUAACUGAAGGAAAUUUUGUUGUCACACUGAUGAGAACACUUACAGACAGAUGUUAUCAAUAUUGCAUUUAACAUAUAGGGUGAGAAACAAAAGUUAUAGGCAAUAAAAUGAGGCAGUCAACAAUUAAAAAAAAAAAGUUUUUUCCUCUUUAUAGUUUUAGCAAUUGGAAAUGAAACCAUUUUUUCUAGAUCUAGAAUUUAUAUUCGUUUUUUCAAACAAACCAACAAUUCAGGUUCUUUACAGGGGCCAUGGAUACUGUUGACUCACAAUAUAAUUUUAUUUCCAACAAGUUUAUUGCUUAAACUUAAUUUAAAAUGUA